CUUUGUGUUGAAUGGUCAGUCGCAUGGAGAAGGGGCAGCCCAAGAUUUAGGAAAAGCGUUUUGUCUGAAGCCGUGGCUCUAAGGGGUCCUUUGCUAUUUUGGGUUAGUCACACACAGAGUAUUUUCAGACAGCGGGAGAGAGAUACGCGCGCACGGACUCUACAGAGGGAGGUUGCGCUUCCAGCCUCUUGAUACGUGCAACAGAUUUCUCCUUGGUGACAGAGGGAUAUGUGCUUUUGGUUUUACAGACAUUGUUUACUUUAUGUUGCUGUGAUCUCUUAAUUUUCCAAGACCAAUUUUUACACAUUGGAACAUUUCUGAAGACAUUCUUCUGGAUUUGGAAUGUUUUUGAAACAAUAACAACGCAUGUAAAGGAUUGAGGCAGCUCAACAAAGGAAGCGACAAUCAUUCUGGGAGUUUAUUUUUGUGCCUGCAAGAUUCCAUAAUUUUUUUUAUUUUAUUUUAUUUUUUAAACCAACAUGGAUACCAACAAGGGCACAUUCUUCUGUGUCACUUUACUAAAACUUGCUGUGCUUGUGACAUUGGCGCGGUAUGCCUCAUCUAAAACUUUGAAAUACCACGUUUACGAAGAGCAGAAGGUAGGUACAGUGAUCGCCAGACUUAGAGAAGAUGUUGCCGAUGUUUUAUCGAAACUUCCGAGCUCGAUUCCGUUGCGAUUCAGAGCCAUGCAGCGCGGCAGCGCAUCUCUCCUCGCCGUGCGCGACCAGGACGGAGAGAUCAGCAUCAGGACCAAAAUAGACCGCGAGAAACUGUGUGAAAAGAAUCUCAACUGCACUAUCGAAUUUGACGUUCUAACCCUCCCCACUGAACACCUACAGCUGUUCCACAUCGAAGUGGAGAUUUUGGACAUUAAUGACAACGCGCCACAAUUUGCCCGCUCCGUCAUUCCCAUAGAGAUAUCCGAAACCGCUGCUGUGGGGACACGCAUUCCCCUUGACAGCGCCACCGAUCCAGACGUCGGGGAGAACUCUUUAAACACAUACUCUUUGACCCCUUCUGACUUCUUUAAGAUUUAUAUUCUUACCAGAACCGAUGGCGCGAAGUACGCGGAGCUCAUUGUGCUCAAAGAAUUGGAUAGGGAGGUGCGAGCGAGCUAUGAACUCCAGCUCACAGCCUCAGACAGGGGCGUUCCCCCCAAAUUUGGAACGACGCUCCUCAAAAUCAGCAUAGUUGACUCGAAUGACAACAAUCCGGUUUUUGAGAAGCCAUCUUAUGAGAUAAAUUUGCUUGAAAAUUCACCUAUAGGCAGUCUGCUAAUUGAUCUGAAUGCCACUGACCCAGAUGAAGGCACUAAUGGAAAAAUCGUAUAUUCUUUUAGCAGUCAUGUGUCCCCUAAAAUUUUAGAGACAUUUAAGAUUAAUUCCGAUAAUGGUCAGCUAACGUUGAUGAGAAACGUGGACUUUGAAACCACAAAUUCUUAUGACAUAGAUGUUCAAGCUCAAGAUAUGGGCCCCAACUCCAUGCCCGCACACUGUAAAGUCAUAAUCAAAGUAGUAGAUGUGAAUGACAACAAACCUGAUAUCAGUAUUAACCUGAUGUCCACAGGGAAUGAAGAGAAAGCUUAUAUAUCAGAGGCAGCACCAUUAGAUACGUUUGUAGCUCUGGUGAGGAUAGAUGACCUGGACUCUGGGUUGAAUGGAGAGGUGGAGUGUCGACUCCACGGCCAGGGUAAUUUCAGACUGCAGAAGACUUAUGAGAAGAACUACAUGAUCCUUACUAAUGUAACUCUGGACAGAGAGAAAAGGUCGGAGCUCAGCUUGACUGUUAUAGCUGAGGACAAAGGCUCUCCAAGUCUGUCUACAGUCAAACACUUUACUGUUCAAGUCCAGGAUGAGAAUGACAACUCACCAAUGUUUGAAAAGAGCAGGUAUGAGAUUUCUAAGGCAGAGAAUAACUCACCUGGAGCAUACCUGUCAUCUGUGCAGGCCUCAGAUCCAGACCUAGGUCCUAACGGACAAGUGAGCUACUCUAUAAUGGAAAGCAUGAUCCAUGGGAGUUCCAUCUCCACUUAUGUCACCAUUGAUCCAUCGAAUGGAGACAUUUAUGCAUUACGUACCUUUGAUCGUGAAGACGUGAGCCAGAUCUCCUUCCUGGUUCAGGCACGGGAUUCUGGAAGUCCUCCGCUUCGCAGCAAUGUGACUGUUGCAUUGACUGUCUUGGAUGAGAACGAUAACAGGCCGGUCAUCAUGAUGCCACAGCUAUGGAACAACACAGCUGAUGUUCCACUAUCCAAAUAUGCAGAGGCGGGCGAUGUGGUCACUGUUGUCAGGGCAAUAGACUGUGAUGCUGGUGCCAAUGGUGACCUUUCAUGUUCUAUUAUAGGGGGGAACGAAGCAGGUUACUUUAACAUGGAAGCUAAAACGUGUGAAAUUCGCACCAAUGUCAGCAUGCAAGAAGUUCCUUUGGACCAUGUGGAACUGAACGUUCUAGUGCAGGACCAUGGAACCCAACCACAGAGCACCAGAGCUCUAUUAAGGCUUUCAUUGUAUGAAAAUAUUGAGAACCACAUGAACCCCCAUCUGACGGGUGGAGGAACCGGAGAGAACCCUCUAGAUAUCUCACUGAUCAUCAUCAUUUCCCUUGGGGCAAUCUGUGCCGUUCUGCUGAUUAUUAUGUUGGCCUUUGCCCUUCGCUGCUCACGUGAGAAGAAGGACAUACGCUCUUACAACUGCAGGGUGGCAGAGUCCACCUACCAACAGCACCCUAAAAAACCAUCACGGCAGAUCCACAAGGGUGACAUCACUUUGAUGCCCACGGUCAAUGGGACCCUCCCAAUCCGGGCACACCAUUGCUCGCCCUCCUCCUCACCAGAGCCUGAACGGACUCACAUGGGCAGCCGGCAGAGCCAGCACAGCCGUCAAUCACUGAACAGCUUGGUCACCAUUUCCUCCAAUCACAUCCCUGAGAACUUCGCCCUGGAACUUACACAUGCCACACACCCUGUGGAGCAAGUCUCACAGCUCCUCUCAAUACUCCAUCAGGGUCAGUAUCAGCCGAGGCCCAGCUUCAGAGGAAACAAAUACUCUCGCAGCUACAGGUACGCCCUCCAGGACAUGGAUAAGUUCAGUCUGAAAGAUAGUGGGCGUGGCGACAGUGAUGCGGGCGACAGCGACUGCGAGAUGGGCCGCGAUUCGCCCAUCGAUCGGUUGCUAGGCGACGGCUUCGGAGACCUCUUUCACAGUGAUGGACACCACCGUCUCCACCCAGCAGUCUUGAGGUUGUGUACGGAGGAGUGCCAUAUGUUGGGUCACUCUGACCAGUGCUGGAUGCCAUCUCAGGCAUCCUCAGAUUACCGUGCUAACAUGUACAUCCCCGGCGAAGAGAGCAGGCCUCAGGUCCUGGAGGAGGACCAGCAGUCAGUUGACUCAGCUAAGAAGAGCUUUUCCACAUUUGGUAAGGACAACGAGGAGGAAUGUGGCGGCUCACUUCUGUCAGAAAUGAACAAUGUCUUCCAACGUCUCCUGCCAACGUCUUAUGCUGAGGUCAGAGAGAUCAACGAAUGUGCUGCCCAGCCCUCUUCCUCUGUCGCCAUGGAGAUCAGGAAGGGCUUCCUGCCGGGUAAACCAUCAGCGUCAAACUCCACCUACCCACAGGGUGUGGCCUUGUGGGCCGCCAAUGCUCACUUUCAGAACCCUGGUGGUGUUGUGACAAGCGGACAUGGCUCGGCCAAUCACGCAGCAUCGCAGGCGCAUUUAAAAUGGCUGCCAGCGAUGGAGGAAAUUCCAGAGAACUACGAAGAGGAUGACUUAGAGAGUGUGCUCAGCCAGAGGCAGGGAAAACGCAACGACACGAGACACGAAGUUGACGACGCUAGCGAACUUGUUGCCGAAAUUAACAAAUUACUUCAAGACGUAUGCCAGAGCUAAACAACAAUCUGUUAAAGUCUCCCUAUCUCAUUCUUUUGCUUUCACUCUAUUUUCAUAGAGUGAAUUAAUUAUUUAAAGAACGAGGGAGGGAGAAAGUGAGAUCAGUGCUGUAGCCUUGAUUGAGUCGCAUGUGAAAAUGUUUGGUUAACAUUUUUUAUGUCAGAAUUGGGUACUGACUUUUUGGUCUUUUUGUACAAAAGUGAACACUGUGAUUGUAACCUUUUCAUUUAUCUGUUUUCAUAUUUAAAUGUG